AUGUUGCGAUCACUCCUCUCGCUCGGCAGUCGCAACGCCGACUAUAUCUUCCCCACGGUGGAUCCAAAACAAGACGGACCGAACUGCAAACUAGAUUGUGCCGAUUGUACGGUACACUUCCCGUCGAAAGUGAAGGUCGAGAACUCCCGGGUACUCUACGGACACAUCAAAGAGUUUCACACGCAUGUCUUGGUCGCCACUGGUAAAUCAGACUGGACAGAGAGGGUCGAGAAUGAAAAGGGAAGCUUAAUGGAAGCUUUCGACACCAGCUCGAACAAAUCCAAGCAUGGGAGAGGUGGUUGA